CCUUCCAUUCCCAACAUGGCCGCCAGUAGGAGUACAUUUGGAAAUUUCUCGUCUCGAGUACUUCAAUUCUAUAGAGAAUCUCAUGGAUUGAGAGUUCCCGUCUGUAAUCUCUCCACAAGUCAAGUUUGCAAAAAGAAAACACCUCAUACAGUUGGUGUCCCUGCGUGGGCAAAAGCUGGAUUAAGAAGAAAGAAUGUUUUAUUAGAAAUGAAGAAACCAAAAUCGGAGAGACAGAUCCAAGCAGAAUUUAACCUGGAAAAUGACACAACAGAACUCAACUUGUAUACUACGACAAGCAGAGGUCCUCUCUUCGAGAACACUGCGGAUACAGAGAGUCGAAUAGAAAAAGCAAAGAUAACAAUGUCAGCUGAUAAGACCAUGUUUGUUUGCUACCAUCCUGCCAAACCAUUUCCUCUACAGUUUUCAAAGGACAUAGGUUAUCAUGUGUGGUGGCACCAGGAUACCGACUACACUGAAAACUAUCGAGAUCAUUUGACAAAGGAAGAGACCGCAGAGGUAAAAAAGCUCCGUGCAGAAGAUCCCAAGCUGUGGACAGUGAUUGCUCUGAGUCGAAUGUUGGAAGUAAAACCUUUGGCUAUACUGUUGGCCGCUCCUCUUACAGAUGAACAGAAGUUUGAACUUGAAGUGGAACGAAAGCUUUUAAACGAAUGGACCCUUUCAAAACGCAAAAUAUACCGAGCUAACCAGGAAUUGGAAAGACUGGGUCGGGUCGCGUAAUAAAGCUCCACCCGACCCAAACCUCCCUCGCAUUUUCCGUCAUUUGCAUUUCCGUUCCGUUUUGCCAACUGAAUGCCUGGAAUAGGGUAAAGCGCGGGAAAUUCUAAUGACACGGUCGCGCUUGGGUAUAGUUUUACACCUGAUUGGCGGAGAGGAUGGUGCAGGGAAAGUUUGUCUGUUCAGAUCACUGAGCGAAGUGAAACAAAACCGAUGGAACACCGGGUUGCUUCCGACGCUCGAUUUAUUUCAGGUCUUCGUUCGAAUCACGGGUUAAUUGUUCCUAAUGUUGUUGAUGUUGAUGACGUGCUUGGCAUAGUUUGGGUGAAUCUCUCAGCCUAACACUGAUUGCAAUUUCUUCGUGCCAAUAUUGCUUCCUUGUCUUUCUCUUCUUUGCAAUCUUUGCUUAGUUUUUUCCGCAUUUCAAACUGGCUCAGUGUUUCCUCCCCCUCGUUCCAGAUUUGGUGUUAAAGAAUGUUACGUGCGAGGAAGUAUUUGUGUCGCAUGCUCUGUCCUCGUGCUAGGAACCAAUCACAUCGUGAGGAUCUCAAAAGCAAAUCAGCGAUGAGAAUCAUAUUCGUAGUUCGUGUUGUACACGUGCAGUCAACUGCUGUGAUUUGUAAGAUGUUCGCAUCUGAGGGCUUUAAGGUUCCAAUAUUUUAGAGAAUUGCAACUUAACAAUAAUAUCGUUUUAAUAUAUGCCCCAGUUUUUUCAUUGCUUUGUUUCGAAACUUCAUUAAACAGGAAAAUGCUUAUGCCAAUAUUUCUUAGAAUGCACACUUGAAAUAUUGUUGCAUUGUGGAUUAUUGUCAGAUAACUACUUUGAUUAAUUUAAUUGGCCACGUUACGUUAAUUGAGA